AUGAGUCGCGCGGAGGUAGACUUACAGAUCAGUGUCCGCAAGGCCUGUAGCACCGACGAGGUGCCGCCCAAAAGAAAGCAUGUCAGAGCAUGUAUUGUCUACACCUGGGACCACAAGAACUCCAGAUCUUUUUGGAACGCAGUGAAGAUCCAGCCUUUGCAGGGCAACGAGGUGCUGUUGUUCAAGGCGCUCAUCAUGAUCCAUAAGGUGUUGCAGGAGGGUCACCCCAACACGCUUAAGGACGGCUACAGAAACAGAGAUUUCUUGUUCUCGUUGCUGACGGUGUUCUCAAUGACCUCCAAUUACGGCCUGUUGAUCAAUAGAUACGACAAGUAUUUGUUGCAGAAGUUGGAUUUCCACCGCGAUCACUCGGGCUUCAAUGGUAUGUUCGAGUACGAGGAGUACAUCUCCUUGAGACAUGUCAACGACCCGAACGAGGGCUACGAGGCCAUUUUGCUGUUGAUGGACUUGCAGGACUCCAUCAAUGACAUGCAGAAACACAUCUUCUCCACGAUCCAUCACUCGCCAAACAACUUGUGUAAAGUAAGCGCUUUGGUGCCAUUCAUCAGUGAGUCCUAUGGUAUAUAUAAGUUUUUGAUCUCCAUGUUGCGUGCUAUGUACCAACAACUAGGCGAGGAAGCAUUGAGCGACUUGUUCGAUAGGUUCAAUAGUCAGCACUUCAUCUUGCGUGAGUUUUACACUGACUGUCAACCCAUUAAGUUCUUGACUAGCUUGAUCACUAUCCCAAGAAUACCCAGCUCAGCUCCCGACUUAAGAGUCUCCGAUGAGAACUCCUCUCAAUUGGCUCCACCUACACCUGCUCCGGAGCCAAUCUCUGAAGUCUCGCUGCAACCUACGCUGAACAUCGAGGUCGCUCCCACUCCACCUCCCGCUGACCUGAUCUAUUUGCAACAGACUGGAAUGUUUAAUCAACAAUUCCAAAUGCAACAGCAGGAGCAAGCCCAGUUGGAGUAUCAACGUCAGCAGCAGUUGCAGGAACAACAAAUGAGACAACAAGCAUUCGAGCAAGAGAAGCUCGAGCAACAACAGAGAAUGCUUCAAGAGCAAGAGGCUUUGCGUCAACAACAAACCCAAGCCCAUACUCUGCGUGUCUCGGAACUCGAGCAAGACUUGCUUUUGUUCAAGAGUCAGUUUGACAAUGACCAGGCACUUUUGGCGCAAUAUGAUUCCAGAGUCAAGAGUUUAGAGUCAGAAAUGGCCACACUUAACGAAACAGCAACCCAACAGAUCGCCGGUAAAGAUGAACAAAUUAAGCUUUUAGAAGACCAAGUGAACAAUUGGGCAAAGAAGUACGAAAGUUUGGCAAAAUUAUAUUCGCAAUUGCGUGCUGAGCAUUUGAACCUUUUGGCCAAGUUCAAAAAGAUACAACAGAAGAUUCUGAGUGCUCAAGAAUCUGUUUUGAAGAAGGAAAAACUCGAAAAAGAUUUGAAAUCCAAGAACCUCGAAUUGGCAGACUUGAUUAGAGAAAGAGACAGAGCUCGUUUAGACUUGGACCGCGUGAAAGCAACCAAGGACCAGGAGAUUGAAAAAUUAGAAACACAAAUUCGUGAUCUUGGUGCUCGUGCGAACGAGCUGGGUCAAUUUAACUCGACUCAAUUGACCAACUUGCAAACUCAACACCAAGAAGAACUUAACAGACUCAAUACCGAGCUCGCAGAAAAGAGCAUGCAACUUACUUCUUUGGGAGAUGUUUCUUCACUCAAAGAUGCCUUGAAGAAUAAAGAUGUCGACCUAGAGAUUAUGCAAGAGUCUCUUGACAUGGCCCUCGAGGAACUAGCUCUGCUUAAGACAGACGGCGGAAGUCAAAAGCAACUUCUCAAUUUACUCGAUGUCAUAUUGGCAAACAAUGUUCGGAGAAUUCAGGAUGCCAAGUUUGAAUUCACCUCCACAAUGCAAGCCGGAAACAUCAAUGCUACACCGGAGUAUGUCCUUUCAAUCGCAGACUUGUGUGCUGAUAUUGCCACAGAUUUCGCGCUGGCUUUCAACGGCUAUUUGGCGGAAGCUUCCACCAUGCCAGAUGACGAAACCUACUCUAGUAUCGUUCUUGCUGGAUCGGACCUCACAUCUACUGUGAGUGAUUUGAUGCUCAACGCCAAGGGAUUGUGCCAGAACUUGUCGAGCGAUGAUGAAGAGCAACUCGUUGAAUUAGUAAACGAACUUUUGGCAGGCGCAGAGGUUUACUUCCUGAGUUUGACAUCAGACACUUUGGAUGAGAUGGAAAAGGAGGAUGACAAGAUUGACUUCGUGAUUGACUGUAACAUUUCCUUCCAAGAAGUGUUGCAAUUGAUCUCCACCUUGCUCGAGACAUUGCGUGUAUCCAAGCGCAAAGACGUAUUCAAGAAGGGUAAUAUCGAAGAUGUUGUCGAUUAUGAGAUGAACGAUGCCGCUAAAACAGUUACAGAGGCUACCGACUUCCUCACUCAGCUCAUGAGCACUAUUAAAAAUGGUCCAAAUAUCGAAGUCCAUGAAUUACUAUUGUCUUGUGCUUUGGCUAUCACCAAGGCCGUUGCACAAUUGAUCCUCAAUGCAACUGAGUGUCAGACGGAAAUUGUUGCUAGAAACAAGGGCCAGUCGUCUAGAAGAGAGUUCUACAAGAAGAACAGUAGAUGGACCGAAGGAUUAAUUAGUGCAUCCAAGGCUGUUGGUGCCGCAACUAACAUUUUGAUUCAAAGUGCAGAUGGUGUCCUCAAGAAAGAGAAUUCUUUGGAGCAAGUUAUUGUGGCUUGUAAUGAAGUCUCUGCCUCCACAGCACAGCUUGUCACCGCUUCAAGGGUGAAAUCUCACUCCACGUCAAAGACGCUCGAAAGAUUAGAAGGCUCUUCAGGAAAUGUCAAUGGUGCCUGUAAAGCUUUGGUAUCUAAGGUUCAGCAAUAUAUCAACAAGGACUCAAGUGUGAACCAAGGUCCUGACUUGAGUAAGCUUACCCCUUACGAGGGUAAGACGUUGGAGAUGGAGCAACAAGUGGAAAUAUUGAAGCUCGAAAACUCUUUGAACCAGGCUCGUAAGCGCUUGACUGAGAUCAGGAAGUAUGGUUACAAGGAUGACCAUCUGGACGACGAAGAGUAG